AUGGCGCACCCACUCGCUAUCCUCUCCGCAGCGGAGACCAAUCUGGCCCGCGACGUCGUCAAGGACGCUCACCCCAAUACCGUUAUUGACUUCCGAGAGAUCUUUCUGCAGGAGCCGCCCAAAGCGCAGCUCGUCCAGUUCCUAGAUCUCGAGCAUGCCGGUCGCUUGAGCCCAACGACUCCCCGGCCACCACGUCUGGCGCUGUGCCAGUAUGAUGUGAUUGGCGCUGACCGUAUCCCCCAGUUUCAUGAAUCUGUGGUGGACGUGGUCUCUCGGACACGAGUCAACCACACGAUUGUGGGCAAGCAGCAUCACGCCAGCCUGACACUAAACGAGUUCGACGUUCUGGUGGAUCGCUGCAUGAAUUCCCCGUUGUUCCAGCAGGUUCUCGCAGAGUUUCAGCUGCCAGAAGGGUUCGAGGUUGUUAUUGAGCCGUGGCCAUAUGGCGGUCUCGACCAUACCGAUGAGAACCGACGAUACUUCCAGGGCCUUUGCUUUGCUCGGGAUAAGCGUUCGGGCAAUGCGGAUUCAAAUUUCUACUCAUUUCCUCUGCCGGUGAUCCCGGUGAUGGACGCGCACACACAGGAGAUAAUUCGCGUUGACCGGCCUGCGACAGGCGGUAAAGGCGAUGGACUGCUGGAACAGACCUUCAAUCGGGAUAUCAUCGGACACUGCAAGCCGUCCGAGUACGUGCCAGAACUCCUCCCCGAAGGAACUCGCAAGGACCUCAAGCCGUUGAACGUUGUGCAGCCAGAGGGCCCGUCCUUCCGUGUCACCAACGAGUCCCUUGUAGAGUGGCAAAAGUGGCGAUUCCGGGUGGCAUUCAACCCUCGUGAAGGCGCUACCAUCCAUGAUGUUUGGUAUGAUGGUCGCAGCGUCAUGCAUCGUCUGGCGAUCAGUGAAAUGACCGUCCCCUAUGCCGAUCCGCGACCGCCGUUCCACCGUAAACAGGCCUUUGACUUCGGAGAUGGCGGCGGCGGUAACAUGGCCAAUAAUCUCUCAUUGGGUUGCGACUGUCUAGGUGUCAUCAAAUAUUUCGAUGCCGUUAUUACCCAGGCCGAUGGCACUGCCCAGCCUCUGCCGAACGCCAUCUGUCUUCACGAACAGGAUAACGGCAUCGGUUGGAAGCACUCCAACUGGCGUACUGGCCGUGCAGUUGUCACACGCAACCGUGAGUUGGUUAUCCAAUUCAUCAUCACCUUGGCCAAUUACGAGUACAUCUUUGCGUACAAGUUCGAUCAAUCCGGCGGCAUCACAGUGGAGUCCCGCGCGACUGGUAUUCUAAACGUUGUGAACAUUGAUGCUGGCAAGGUCAGCGAAUACGGCAACGUCGUGAGUGGUGGUGUCCUGGCACAGAACCACCAGCACAUUUUCUGCAUCCGCAUCGAUCCUGCGAUUGACGGGCAGAACAAUUCCGUUGUGGUGGAAGAGUCCCAUCCCGUCCCUAUGAAUGCCGUCACCAACCCCAAUGGGAACUUCUAUCAGGUCACAAAGAAGACCGUCGAGCGUGCCUCUUGGGUCGAUGCGGCGCCGCAAUACAAUCGCACCAUCAAAAUGGUCAACCCACACAAGAGGAACCCCGUCAGCGGAAAUCCCGUCGGGUACAAAUUCAUCCCGCUCCCGACUCAAACGCUACUGGCAGACCCGGAGUCGGUCCAAGCACGGCGGGCUCAAUUUGCCCAGCAUCAUGUCUGGGUAACCAAGCACUGCGACGGUGAGCUAUACGCCGGAGGACGGUAUACUCUGCAGAGCCAGCACGAGGUCGAAGGUGUAGCCGACGCCGUUCGUCGAGGCGACGCCGUCACAGAUACCGAUGUGGUGGUCUGGAGCACAUUUGGCAUCACCCACAAUCCUAGGGUAGAAGACUGGCCUGUUAUGCCAGUGGAGAUCUUCCAGCUGAUGAUUCGCCCUGCGGAUUUCUUCGUCGCCAACCCUUCGCUCGAUGUUCCGUCCAACAAGAAUGGAUCGUCACGACUGGCGGACUCGGAAUGUUGCCACAAGGCACAUAUUUAG